CUACAUUAUUUAUAUGGUGCCAAUGCUGCACUUGCUGCAAUCAGAUCUAAGAAACGAACAAUCUAUAAUGUGUUCAAUGCCGAAGUCCAUCAAGAAUCAGUGACUUCCAAGAGUAUCCUUGCAGCUGCGAGAAAGAGCAACCUCGAAGUCCUUCGAAAGUCUCGUAACGAGCUUGAUCGCAUGUCGCUUGGGAAGCCACACAACAACAUCGUUUUGUCGUGUAGCGAUUUGCCAAGGCUUCUCGUCCAAGGACUAGGUGACAAAGACCAAGGCUGGCGACCCAUUCUUGCCAAUCAAGACCCAAUGAGCGCAUCUCUUGCACUCUCUGGUGCGGAAGUAGACACUCCACCAGUCUAUGUACUAUUAGACGAAGUCACCGAUCCGCAAAACAUGGGCAGCAUCCUGCGAUCUGCGUACUUUCUUGGCUGUGCAGGCGUCGUCCUCUCUGCUCGUAAUUGUUGCUCCAUCACGCCCACUGUCGUCAAAGUCUCUAGUGGAGCGAGCGAAUUUGUCCCGAUUCUACAUGCAGACUCGGUCGUCUCCUUCAUCAAGCAGAGCCGCAAGAAUGGGUGGCGCUGUGUCGCCACGGUCGGUCGUGAAGAGGCAGCUUUAUUGCGCGUCAAGAACAGAUUGACUGAAGUGAAAGCGUUGAAGGAUCGCAAGACACCUGUGCUGUUGAUUCUAGGCAGCGAGGGUAGUGGUCUGCGCACCAAUGUGAAGGCUGCUUGCACGACAUUGACCUCCAUUGCCUCGCCUGCACGGAUAGACACAACUGUGGAGUCACUCAACGUUGGUGUAGCCGCUGCAAUCCUGCUUCAUCAGCUUUUA